AUGAGCAGCUCCCUGAGUCCCAAGCAUCGGAGCAGCCCGGGCCUGCCCAGUCGACAUGAAGCCAGCUUGUUGCCCAUGAAAGAAGACCUCGCCCUCUGGCUCACCAAUAUGCUUGGCUUGGAAAUCACCGCUGAGAGCUUCAUGGAACGCUUAGACAACGGUUUCCUCCUAUGUCAGCUGGCUGAGACGCUGCAGGAAAAGUUCAGGCAAAAUAGUGCAGACCUGCCUAUUCUCAACAACACCAAGGUUAUAUCUUACAGAAAGAUCCCUUGCCGGCAGAGUGCACCAUCUGGGUCUUUCUUUGCCCGGGACAAUACAGCCAACUUCCUGUCUUGGUGUCGUGAGAUUGGAGUUGGGGAAACGUGUUUGUUUGAGUCUGAGAGUUUAGUUCUUCACAAGCAGCCUCGAGAAGUUUGCGUCUGUCUCUUAGAGUUGGGCCGAAUAGCAUCCAGGCUCAACGUGGAACCCCCGGGCCUUAUAAAACUGGAAAAAGAGAUUGAACAAGAAGAGAAAGCACCUCUACCUCCACCGUCACCCGUAUCCCCAGUCCAGCCCCUCCAGCCUUCCCCCUCAUCGUCACCCUCCCUCUCUCCGUCCCCAUCGCCUACCCCUUUCAAAGUCACCUCCAACAGAAAGAGCACAGGGAAUGUGCUGGAUGAUGCUGUAAGACAUAUUGCUGAGAACCCCCCCUGCAGAUGCUCCAAUAAAUUCCAUGUGGAGAGGCACUCACAAGGCCGAUAUCGUGUUGGGGAGAAAAUGGUCUUCAUACGAAUGCUGCACAACAAGCACGUGAUGGUACGUGUGGGAGGAGGCUGGGAGACGUUUGAGAGCUACCUACUCAAGCACGACCCAUGUCGAAUCCUGCAAGUGUCCCGUGUGGAGGGGAAGACAUCCCCCAUUGGCGGCAAAGGCCUCAACAUCAAGGACCUGACACCUGACAGCUACCUGGUGGUGGCGGCCAACUACCGCAGCAGAAAGUCAAGGCAGGAGACCGCACCGUGA